AUGCCAUCUAUACGCCCGGGUUUCUUGCCCUUCCGUGCAAUCCGCACACCUACAUCCACAUCCCGACCAGCACUAUGCCGGUUCCAGAACACGUCUCGAUCCUCGAUCGUGCAUCCUAAACAGCAAUUAACUCGCAAUCACACUACAUCCUCCGUGUCCGCCGAUGAGGUUUCCCACUUCUCCGGGCUGGCCAGCUCUUGGUGGGAUCCUAUGGGCCCCUCAAGAAUCCUCCACCUGAUGAACCCUCUCCGCCACGAGUUCAUCGCAUCUUGCCUCGCAGAAAGCCCUCCACCUUUCUCAGAUUCUCAAUCGCCUAGCUCAAAUACCUCCGCAAAUCUUCAUUAUCUUGAUAUCGGCUGCGGUGGUGGUAUCUUCGCCGAGUCACUCGCGCGCACCAUCCCACUCGAUUCCUCCGCUCCUGCACCAACCCCAACUCGUGCAGCUUCAAUGACAGCCAUUGACCCUACCACUAGCCUCAUCCAGAUCGCCAAAGACCACGCUCGCAGGGACCCCACUGUUGAUACACACCUCCGCACUGGCAAAUUCCGUUACUUAAACACCACACUGGAAGACGUGCUUGCCUCUAAAUCCGAGCCCGAGGCUCCAACAUCUUCCCCACAUACCACCCACCCUCAAUUCGACAUCGUGACCCUUUUCGAGGUCAUCGAGCAUAUCGAUCCUAAGACUACCACCCCAUCAGCUUUCCUCGCGAACUGUCUGCGUGCUGUUAAGCCUGGUGGUUGGCUCGUUGGUUCAACCAUCUCCCGUACUUUCCCGUCUUUCCUUUUAAACCAGGUUAUUGCGGAAGCACCCUGGCCUAUUGGUGUCGUGCCGCGUGGUACACACGAGUGGAGUAAGUUUGUCAACCCUCCUGAGUUACAUGCCUGGGCUCAAGAGGGUUUGAUGCGCGCGGCUGAUACCGGUGUCACCCGUGCGGGCCCUGCUGUGCUGGAGGAUAUGCGGUGGAAGUGUGUUGGUACGAUUUAUGUCCCUGGUCUGGGAUGGAAGAUUGUCCCUGGGUCUGAAGAUUGGGGUAAUUAUUUCUGGGCUGUGAAGAAGGGUGUUUGA